UCACCUUCGAUCGAUAGUUGGGACUCUACAGAGUCCGUAAAGUUAUCUGUACACGAGAUUCUUGAUUUGCCCGAACCGGGUACGGAGAUCAACCCCAUAGUGGUUGAAGAUGAUCCUGCUCCAUUGGGCUCGGCUUCCAACCCUAUUGUGAUCCAUGUUGACGAGGAAUGGUGCCAUGAUAACGCAGAACAGCUUAGCUCUGGUGACGAUACCGACAUAAUGACGCCUGCCUGCGAGGACCCAGAUGAGGUUGGAGCUUUGGAACAGUCAUCCGUGAAUCGUUCUCGCUUAGCUGAUGAAGCAACGAAGGAAAAAACAUUCAGAUUCUUGGAAGAUCAAUAUGUUGCUGGAUUUGGGGACGGCCAAAGUAGUCAAGCAGAAAGCGGUCAAAGCAAAAUCCAAGGCAUCUUACCCAAAGUCGAGGAGCCCACACCGGUUUGCAAUAUACCUGAUACCCGCUCUAUGAAAGGCCGAUUUGGAACGCAGAAAAGUCCAUACGGCACUGACAUAUCUACCGUGAAGGAUCCAUCGCAAGAUUCUUGUGAUCGAGAACCAAUGAAACGCAAACAUGAGGACCACGAGGGCGUUUCUUCAGACCCCAGAAGAUCCAAAUGCAUGAUCAAGAGGGCCAGAAAAUAG